UUCCAAUAAAAAGUGCCUAGAUACAUUGUGCACGUUUAUCAUUUAAUCACUCCUGAUGGGCAAAAGAUCUCGUGAGAGUUGUGGCCGCGGGGGUGGCUGUCCGAGGGGUGGUUGGGGUCCGCGGGGAGGCGUCCAUUGGGGACCCGAUCGGCAACACGUCUAUCACACGAGCUUCUCGUCUGAAGACACGUCCAGCGAUUCCGAGACAGAUAUUACUCAUAAAUUCCCGAAGAAAAUCAGGAAACACUUCAAGAAACACAUUAAACAUUGGCACAAACACGGGCACCGUUUUGGACACCAUUGGCCGCCGCAGUGGGCACAACCCGGAGGACCUAUGGGUCCGCCCGAUGGCCAAAAAACGAUGUGCACCCUUUGCUGGCACCGCAUUAAACCAUUGGCUGAGACCGAAAUCCUCGAAUGCGGACAUAUUUACCACCGAUUGUGUCUCAAAGAGUUGUUUGAAUUGGCGAUGAAGUCGUCGACGGAUCCGUUGGAAGUGUUUUGCAGUCACUGUAAAGAGAAGAUCGAAGACAAUCUGAUGAAUGAGUUACGGCUCCGAUUCGCUGGCUUUGGCACCACUGAUACUACUGAUGACGCGACCGCUGCCGGACACGCGUCCACCUCUUCGAGACCGUCGCGACGCGAGUCACGCGGCGGACAACUAAUGGUCGUCGAUAUUGACAAUUAAAGACAUCACUUGUCCUCUAUUUUAUAAUAUUUUAAAUACUAUUCCGCU